GCGGCCAAGACCAGGACCCCCAUCAUUCGCAGAACGAUGGUGGGCGGCCAGGAGACGGCGGACGACGCGGAGCCCGACUCCGCCGACGACGACGACUUCGACGACCCCCGUCAGCUUCUGCGUCCGCGUGCACGCCCUGCGCGCCGAGGGCCUUUCGAGGAUGGCUCCGAAUGCCCUUGGGGUGAUGGCACCGACGCCGGCCUCCCUGCCGUUCUGCAGAUGUACCGUCGCGGGCCGCACCGAGUCCACCGUGACCAUCUCCUACGGACCCGUCGCCGGGAUACAUAACUGUCGGGGGUGUUAAAAAGGUUCCGUGACCACACUGUGUGGUGAGUCAUCGGGGAUUCGGGGUGGCCGCGCUGUUUUCCGGUUUGGGUCGUUCUCUGGGGACGUCUCGGGCGACUGGUGCCUCCAGGGUCCCCAAACUCUUCGCAUUCUUUUUUCUCGCUUGGCAAGUGUUCUGGAAGUCCAGGCUGCGUCAACGUCGUUGUCCUCGGGGCCCAUCGGGGAGACGCUCCAGGUACCCCCCGGUGGCUACUGGGGCUCCCGAAAGCCUCCC